AUGCCAUUUGGCUCGCUCCCAGUAUCCAAUACGCCCAUUCCACAAUACGCUCCUCCGUAUCCUGUGGAUGGCAGCGACUAUACAAGCGAAGCUGUUCUCACUGUUACUUAUCAAACAUCGUUGCAAUGUGUGCGCCAUCUCGUGCCGGACAUGCUAGAACUUGAGGACGAGCCACAAGUAUCAGUAAUGGUUUUGCAGCACAGCAUGACCUCAUUCGGUCCAUACAAUGAGUAUGUCCACUUAGUCGAAGUCAAAUACAACGGCGACACGUUUGACUACUUCCUUUCCCUCAUCCUUGACAAUGACUCGCCAAUUUGCUGCGGCCGCGAGCAAUUCGGCUUCCCUAAGAAAUUGGGGAACGUGGCAUUAUCUUUGAAAACUGGAUCGGCGGUCGUUCACGGCUACGUGGAGAGACCUGCAGGUCAAAAGAUUGUUGAAGUUGGUUUCCAGCCCGAACAGAAAUUGAAGGGCACGGUUGAGAGAACGAUCCAGGGGUUAAAUUUGCGAGUUAUCCCCUCGGUGGUUUCGAAUCAGAGCCCGUCCGUCAAGGAAUUAGUUCCAGUUGACAUCAGUAUAGAGGCAAGCGAGGUUUGGCAAGGCUCUGGUUCUGUCUGCUUCCCAGAGCCAUCAAGGUUCGAUCCGAUGCAUGAAGUCAAAGUUGUUCGAUACGGAAUGGCGACCCUUUCACGGAAUGCAUCCCUUGCGAUCCGCCGGCCUACAAAAGUGUUCCAGCUAUAG